ACACGUAAGGGAGGGAGGUGAUAAAAACGUUGAUAAUGUUGCUGUUCAGCACUAGCAGUUGGAGGCUUACAUCGGCUCGAACUCAGUUGAAGACGCGAUUCAGUGAUCGGCGGACAAGCGCGAAUAAACGAUUUGAAAGUGAAAAUACUAAACGCUAACGCUAUGUAUUAAAAUGGACUGCAUAGUAUUGAAGAUUGUACAAUUCACUCUUCUAUCUUUUCUAAGUGUUUUCUAAGUGUAUUUGCUCAACAGUGUGCGAGUGUAGGCACUAUUCUCUAUCACCAAAUCGUAGCUAAAUUGAUUUCAAAAGUGUAAACCAGUAACGCCAAUUAUCAGAGAUUAUUACUUAUACAUACGUAUGCAAGCCGAUCUAUACACAUACAUACAUACAUAUUUCAUGUAUUUGUGAAAAUAAUCUAUGAAUAAAAUUUAUUAAAUGAACAAAUACAAAUUAUUCAGUUAUGAGUUAAGUUGGAAAACAAUGUUGGCAAAAGAGUUGUAUUUCGGUUAUAAUGAAUAUUAAGAGUUUUCUCCUUGCAAACAGGUCAUAAACACAGUGUCAAUUUAAUGCGGAAAUCAACAAAAUUUUGACAAAGGUUAACAAAAGCCGAUUUAUAUACAUACAUACAUAUAUAGCACAUACGAGCCGAUUUUGCAUUUGAGUGGAGAACAUCCGAGUAUUCGAAACUUUGUUAUCUGAAAAAUACCAGCAGACCACAAAACCAAAAAUUUUAAAUCGGUUUCAAUAAAAGCCGAACUAUGGAUACAAGAGAACACGAAUUAAGUGAUAUUAUUGAGAUUAUAUCGCCCGAAUUGGAUGGCUCUUCAACCUCCUCGAAACCUUAUCUUCGUGUUGUAGAACAGCCUACGAGAAAACCGAUGAGAUUUCGGUACAAAUGCGAAGGUCGUACAGCCGGAACUAUACCUGGUGAGAAUUCAUUCCAGGAAACGAAAACAUUUCCUACUGUUGAAGUCGUAGGCUACAAGGGAGAAGCGUUGAUUCUGGUGUCUUGUGUUACAAAGGAUAGGCCUUUUCGACAGCACCCACACCAGUUGGUAGGUAAGAAUUGUAAAAGUGGUGUUUGCACUAGAAAUGUUGGACCUGGUGCAGCAUUACGCGUCGAAUUCAGUAAUAUUGGAAUACAAUGUGUACGGAAAAAAGAAAUUUCGGAGUCGUUAGAGGAGCGAAAAAAGAAAAAAAUUGACCCAUUCAAAACCGGAUUUGAUCAUAUAGGUGAUCCGAAUUCAAUUGAAUUGAAUUCUUUACGUUUGUGCUUCCAAGGUUUUUUAAAAAAUGAGAAUGGCUGGGAGCCGCUCAGCCCAGUGGUUUCGGAACCUCUGUAUGACCGAAAAGCAAAAAGUGAACUACUCAUUAGUCGGCUUUGCAGCUGUGCAGCCAGUAUAGAUGGAUGCGAUGAAAUAAUUUUACUUUGUUCUAAAGUCAAUAAGGAUGAUGUGAGAAUUCGCUUCAAAGCGAUCGAUAACAAUCACGAAGUUUGGCAUGCGUAUGCCGAUUUUGAACCAUCCAAUGUGCACAAACAGACAGCAAUUGUAUUUCGUACACCACGUUAUCCCCAGGCUGAUUUACCAAAAACUGCCAAGACAUACAUUGAGUUGGAAUGCCCAAGUCUGGAUAAACGGAGUGACGCUUUGGAGUUCGUGUUUCAUGAUCCAGGUACGCUUUCCUUUGCCAGUAUGCGUCGUAAACUUAAAAGAAAGGAAGAAGUGGACAUAUUUCAACAUAUAUUGUCCAUGGAUAGUGAAGCGACUGCAACAAAAUACUCCUGCCCUCCUUCUGAUAUUGAUUUCGAUUUGGAUGAUAAUGGUACUUUAUCAACAGAACGCACCGAAAGCACCGUUAGCAAGCAACACAGUUUAGAUACGCUCAAUGAAACCGAUAGUAUAGCUCGGCGCAAUAGAGAGAGUAUAACCGAUGUUGACGGUGAUAUUGAAAUCGAUGGUCGUAAUGGUAUUGAAAUCGAAUUCGAAGUGCAACUGAUGAAAUGUCAAGCUUCUGAUGCAGAUACUCAAACAUCGACACCAAUGGAUGAGAUACUUAAGUAUCCAUCAUUGAUUGGAUCGCAUUCAUUAUCCGCUGUCGAUAAAAUAACUGAAUGGAUGCACUCCAAUGAGUUCGAACGAACCGAUAGCUUAACAGUUGAGAACGGUGAUACAACUUCAAUCAGUCCAAUAACAGUAUAUACCAACAUUACAAGUUUAUCAACUAACCAUACGACUAUAUCGACUGCUACUGACGACGACAAAACCCUCACUGAUCAAAUGGACCAAGUGCCCGAACUCGAUGAUAUGGUUAUAGAAUCAAAAUCUCGACGGGGCACAUUUGAUAACCCGAUGAUACAAAACUUGUCGUUAGGCGGGUCCCCCAUUUUCGACAAUAAAUCCAUUGAAACAAUGAUGGAAGUAGUUACCACGAGAGGAGAGGAGAGUUUUGAUGAAACCACAACAUAUAAUAGUCUACAAAUUGCGCUAAAGAAUCCAUUUCCCAAUCAUUAUAUUGAGACAAAAGCACUUGAGGGUUCUACCAAUGACGAACAUGACAUAGUGGUAUUAAAAAAUCCCCUCGCACCAAAAAUACGCGUAAACGCUGUCCAAACCCCCCCAUCUCCAUCUUCUCCUCCACUACCUUUACCACCCCGAACACCUUCACCCGGUCCUGAACAAAAUCUCCCUCCAAUUCCACCCAAAAGAAAAGCUUCACAAGAACUCGGUACAAACUCAUCGGCCACACAUAGUUCCGUAGAACUUUCUCGCACGAGUAGUGUUUCCUCUCGACCACCUUCACAAAUAAUCAUUAUGCGAACACCUGAACAAAGUCCAACCAAACGACCAACUACUCCCACUACUUCGUCCCCAAAUAAACGUCAAGGCUUUUUCUCUAGACUAUUUUCAAGACGCAAAAGUAAAACUGCAAUAACCACUGACGACAAACAAACGACCAACAUAAGAAAUCAAUCCACCAAAGUGCCAACACCCUCUGGCAGUAGAGAACCUAGUAUUGGAAACUUUUCGAUCAGUGAUCCAAAUCGGUCCUCCCUUCGGUCAAUUAAAUCUGCAACACUCCAAGCUAAUUCCGAUUAUUUAGAUUCCCACAACAACGUUGGUGAACAAAAUGAAAGCAAUAGAAAUGGUAAACCGGUUGGUCGAAGUGUAAGUAGUAUUUCUGGCAAGAGACCAGCGAAUUUAAAUGCAGACGUGAUUCAUAUCCCACUAAAAGGUGAAAACGCUAAGAGUUUACCUUCCCACGAAGGCAAGGCUUUUACUUUUGGUCAAUAUUUGGACCGAAGAACUCUUAGUGCUCUUCAAUUAGCCGAGAUACCCAUUUGUGAUGGGAAGAUGGAGCUCAUAGCUAUUGCUGAUAGGCAGAGCAUAAAAAAUCUAUGCGAAGGGGAAUUCGGUGUCACACUCGAUCCGGAGGUAGACUUACAGGAGGCCGAACACUUUGCACUUUAUACGAGUAUACCACCCGAUCGUCAAUUCACUGCAAAUAACUCAGAUAUUGACUUGAAGGUCUGCACAUCUAUGGAGGAUGCACAAGUUGUGACAGCGGAUGAAAUCGCCAAACGACUGAAUGAAGCAAAUAGAAUGCCAAUAUUUUAAUUUUCUGCUCCAAUUUAGUUUCGACAACGUACAGUAUAUAUACGUAUAUAUAUUUUCAAGAUUUUUAAAGAUUCAAAUUUAAACCAUCCACCACAAAAUAUUCGCAAUGUUUAAUGUAUUUCCA